AUGGAUUCAAGAGGUAUCCUUUCUCUGGGAGUGGCUGUCGUCAUCCUCUCGUUCACACUCCUUUCCAUCAAGACAGGCUACAAGAAGGAGCUACGACAGAUUCCUGGACCAUUUUUCGCCAGGUUUUCUGGGUUGUAUCGCUUAUCACUUGUCUUGACUGGGAGAGCCCCUCUAGAGUACCGAAGAGUUCAUCAGGAAUACGGGUCGAUAGUGCGAGUUGGACCGAACCAUGUGUCCAUUUCGGACCCGGUCGUCAUACCUCAAAUCUAUGGAAUCGGGGCCGAUUAUAAAAAGACGCACUUCUAUAAUGUUUUUAUUCCAUAUUAUAAAGACAGGCCGAUGCAGAGCUUAUUUGCAACAUCUGACACCGAAUACCACAAGGCUCUCAAGAGACCUGUUGCCCAAUUGUUCUCCAUGACCAAUAUGAAGCACUACGAAAUCUAUAUCAACGAAUGUACCAAAAUAUUCAUGGAUAUAAUGCAGGAGCUACAGGAUCAGCCAAUCGACCUAGGCAUGUGGUUGCAGUUCUAUGCUUUCGACGUCAUUGCUUCUGUCACCUUUCAACGUCGAUUUGGUUUUAUGGAGAAUCGCACAGACGUUGAUAACAUGAUCGGUCGACUUUCUUCCGCCCUUCAGUAUGGGAAAGUAAUCGGCCAAUUUCCGGGUCUCCAUCCGUGGUUGAUCGGGAAUAAACGCCUGCUCAAUACCAUCGAAGCGGUGGGGAUUCGUCUGCCAGAUCCUUUGGUGCAGUUUGUCAAGAUUACCGAAGAUGAAAUCGAAAGGUACGAUCGGCAGGCCAAGAUACAGGGGAUGGAACGUACAGAUUUCCUAGCUCAGCUCAGAACCAAAGAUGCACAAAGUGGGCAGAUCUCUUAUCGUGACAUGGUCAAUCACCUCUCCAACAAUAUCCUUGCUGGCUCCGAUACGACCGCGAUUUCUCUCCGCGCCUGUUUCUACUACCUCAUGAAAACUCCUCGCGCCUACGAAGCAUUGGUUGCGGAAAUAGACGGUGCGGACUCUCGAGGCCUGUUAUCGUCAUUCGUGACGUAUGAUGAAUGCUUGCGCUUGCCAUAUCUGCAAGCUGUAAUGAAGGAAGCGAUGCGAAUGCACCCCGGCGUUGCAUUUCCUCUGGAACGAUAUGUACCACGAGGGGGUGCCACUCUCUGUGGAGUAUGGCUGCCAGAGGGGACCACCGUCAGCGUCAAUGCCGCCGUCAUCCAUAUGGACAAAGUCGUCUACGGCAAAGAUGCCGAUCAAUUCCGACCCGAACGAUGGAUCGAUGCUUCACCGGAACGAUUGAAAAUGAUGGAGCGAAGUUUUCUUGCCUUCGGCUACGGAAGCCGAACUUGCAUUGGAAAGAACAUCUCUAUUCUCGAGAUGGGCAAGUUCCUCCCACAGAUUCUGAGAGAUUUCGAUGUAAUCUGGGCUGCACCGGAGCCAGAGUGGAAGCUGCAUGCGGCCUGGUUCUGGAUGCAAUCUGGGAUGAUCGCAAAAUUCAGAUGGAGACAAAAGUCGCACUAG